UGGCGGCCCUUUUAUUUUUCUUCUCUCUUUUCUUCCUUUCUCUUCAUCUUCACUGAAUGUCCACUCUCAACCAAUUCAACCUACUUUUUGAAGGUGACUCUCCUGAUCACCAACUUAAUGAGAACCACAGUAGUGAUGACUCUGCUACUGUAGGUGACGCCCAGGACAGUGUUCCAAAAAAUGAUGACGGCGUAGAAACGUACACCAAGGCUCAGUGGAAAGCUAUGUCACCUAAAGAACGACGACAACUUCGCAAUAAAAUAUCAGCUCGUAAUUUCAGAACGAGAAGAAAGGAAUACAUGACUACCAUCGAAAUUGAAUUAGAACGAACAAAGCAGUUUGCAACUAAACUUCAGCAACAAGUCGACGUCUACAAAAGUCAAAACGAGGAAAUUAGAGCUGAAAAUUCACAACUCAGACUACAAGUGUUGUUAUUAAGUCAACAGCGCUCCGUUACUCCUCCUCAGCAAGCGCCCAUCCAGCAGCAACAGCCACAAGCCUGGCCCUUGACCCAGAACAUGCUUACCGUUCCUAAUAUGCAGCCUCAGGUGUACCAACGCAGUACACCUCCUACUUCACCUCCAUCAACCGCUUCGGAAUAUGAAGGCACCCUGCCUGCCUCAAGUUCCCCUUAUCAGGUGGAUUUGUUAACCGACAUGAACCCCAUCAAUUUUAACGCUUACUCCAUGGACCAGAUCUAUACUUUCUUGUCACACACAGUUGUUCCCAACUGGAACAUCGAACAUGUUCUGAACCAAUCCAUUCCUUCUCAAUCCGCACACGACUUGUAUCGUGAAUACUCUCUCCUCGCCCCAGCCCUUAUGUCCAUCAUCGUGAGAGACACUUUUGUCAAAAAUUAUCAAGACUUCAUGAAAAAAUCACCUUUACUAUUGACCGCGGCACCUGCUGCCACGCCUGUCUCCAUCACUACAUCAUCCAAGUUGGGCUUCUCAACUCGUAAAAGUAUCGAAAAUCUAAGCUACAAAGAACUCAAAUUGAUUUGGGACCUUCUGCAAUCCGGCCUGCAACAAAAAGAUCAAGCUGGAAUUGAUCAGCAACAGGAGGAAGUUCAGCCAAGAGAACCUUGUCUAAGUCAACUCAUCGCUGGUGCUAGAACUUGGAUCUGGAUGAAAGCAAACGUGUGCGAUGUCGUCAAUUCCUACGUUUCUGUAUAUGCCAAGCGCCUCAAGCUGAGCUCAUAGUUUUUCCCUUUCCUUUGAAAUUUCUACAUGCCUUUACACUCUUUACACCGUACUUCAACCCAUUGGUCUCGCAAUUUAAUGUACAUAAUACCUCUUCCCCUAUACGUCUUUCUCUUGAUCAAAUCCAUAUCUCCUUACGCAUCAAUAAAAAAUUUUAUAAAACCAUGCAAACUAUUUUCCUCGGCUUGCCACUAGUUUUUACUUU